AUGGAAGAAAGGGAGGACGUGGAGGGUGUGGAGUACGAGGAAGUCGUUGGCGUCCCAGUGGAUAUAGGUGAUGAUGUGGAAAGAGUGGAGGUGGUGGAGGACGUGGAAUUUGUUGAGGAACAGAUGGACGGAAGGGAUGACGUGGAAGUGGUAGAAGUUCAGAUGGACGGAGGUGAUGACGUGGAAGUGGUAGAAGUGCAGAUGGACGAAGUGCAAGCGGAACUGGAGUUUGUGGACAUGCUCGACGAGUUGCAGCCAGACGUCGACGAAGAGUUCCGACCACUUGCCGUGGGUGAACAACCCCGAGGGCGUGCGCCAAUAAUUGACAGGCAGGCAGGCGUGACACACCCGCUUCCAGAGCAGCACAACGCGGGCGCGUUAAACAGAAUCUGCACACAGUGUAACGCCCGCCACUUCGAAGGCGAGGUUGUGGGCCGGGAUGCCAAUAGGCACUUCUCCACUUGCAGUAACAACGGUCAAGUGACCGCUGCAAGACAACACGCGUUGUUGCCCGCCCCUUUUUUACUAAUGAGUUUGUUGAUUGGAGAUUCACAGGAUGGUCGUAGAUUCCGAGACGACAUUCGCCGGUACAACAACGCCCUGGCAUUCGCUGCGUUUAGCUGUGGCACAGACGACAGGCGUUUGCGAAGGCGUGGACCGCGAACGAUGUGUAUCCAAGGCCAAACUUAUCAGGGGAUAAAUAAUGACGUGGCCGUUGACCGAGUAGAUGCCAACUACUGUCAGUUGUAUUUCCUCGAGUCCGCAGAGGCCAACGCCCGCCGCGUUGGGAUGGCUCUGCAGAGAAAUCAUCGUGAACUGUCCGUAGUUGUGAUGGGACUAUUGGACAGUUUUCUGCGGGACGUAAAUCCGUACGCAAUGGCUUUUAAGAACAUGCGUGAGGUGUGGCUGGCAGAAAGAGACCUAGCCGACGCCGAUCCCGCAGGUGUGCGACCUAGGCCAGUGACGAUGCAUUUUGUCCGAGAUGCGGCCCGGGACGACGGGCGAAACAACCUGCCUACCGCAAACGAAGUUGCGGCCGUGUUCGUAGGCGAAGGGGGUCGUCCGCUAAGAGACAUUAAUCUGGUCAUCUACGAUACGAAUCCAAUCAACCCGCAACACAGGAUGCAAACCAUGCCAUCGGGGUCGUGUCACUCGGAUCCGAUGUUGUAUCCGCUGUUUUUCCCGUACGGCGAGGCCGGUUGGCAUAACGGGAUGUUGCAAGCGGGCAACCGACGAAACAAUGUCCGCAAUCGCAACAGUAUCAGAGAGUUUGCGUCCUACCGUUUGGCUGUUAGAUAUCAGGGAAAUAACGACCAAAGGCAUGAACUGUUUAGUUUAUUACAUCAAGGUCGGUUCUUGUUGCAGAUAGGGAUCUCCUCGCCGAAGCGUAUCAAGGGCUCAUGGACCAUGUCACAACAGCUCCACAUCGAUCCCAUGGCGGUCGGGCGUAGGAUCAUAUUGCCGUCGACGUUCACGGUUAGCGACCGAUUCAACAAGAUGAAUUAUCAAGACGCCAUCACCGUAGUGGCCAGAGUGUUCAACAGGAAGCUACAGGAGCUAAUAGGUGACAUAACUGUAAAUCGUGUGUUUGGUAAUGUCGGCGCUUACGUGUACACUAUCGAGUUUCAGAAACGUGGUCUGCCCCAUGCGCAGAUAAUCCUGGCGGAGGACUGUAAGUUCCGCACGGCCGAGGACGUGGACGACGUGGUUUGCGCCUUCUUGCCGGACCCCGCAAUCGACAGGCGCUUACACGCCUGCGUCAAGUCUCACAUGAUCCACGGGCCGUGUGGAACAGUCAAUCCACAGUGUCCGUGCAUGGUGGACAACAAAUGCUCCAAAGAUUUCCCGAAAGCGUACGCAGAGGAGACUGUGUACGUUGCGGACGGCGGAUAUCCAAAGUACCGCCGACCGGAUGACGGCCGGGUGGUACUUGUGAGAGAUCGUGAGGUUGGUAACGAGUGUGUAGUGCCAUACAACCCUUACCUUCUGGCCAAGUAUGACGCGCACAUCAACGUCGAGAUAUGCACGUCCAUAAAGAGUGUCAUGUAUAUCUACAAGUAUAUAUACAAGGGACACGACCGUGUGACGUUGGAAGUUCAGGACCAGGAUGAGAUUGCCAAUUACGUAAACUCAAGAUAUGUCAGCCCACCAGAAGGCAUCUGGCGGUUGUUUUCGUACAAAUUGCACGGCAAAAGUCACACGGUCGUCAGACUUCCUGUCCACCUGGAGGGUCGUCAGAACGUGUACUUUGCGCCGGGCCAAGCAGAAGAACGGCUACAGAACCAAGCUGUGCGUAGUACGAAACUCGCGCAGUUCUUCGCGCUCAACACAACAGACGUGAAUGCUCGAAAAUACUUGUACCACGAAAUACCGACGCAUUACACCUGGCAGAUGCCACGUAAUCAAGAAAACGUACUCGUAAGAAAUGUCACCCAAUGGUUGCCGCGGCGGAUUCGGAUGGCAAACGUUACGUUGGCUCGGAUGUACAUAGUAAACCCACUGGACCGGGACCGUUUCCACCUGAGAUUGCUACUUCUGAACCGAAGAGGCCCGAAGUCCUUUCAAGACAUAAGGACGGUGGACGGAGUCGUUCACGAAACAUUCACGGCGGCUGCCGUUGCACUCGGAUUAUUGGAAGACGACCGAGCGUGGCGGGAUUGCUUGACGGAAUCGGCGACGUUGGACACACCGCUGCAGCUGCGGUAUCUGUUCGUCACUAUACUGGCUUUCUGCGAGCCCUCAAACCCGCUGGCGUUGUACGAGGCGAACGAAGCAAACAUGAUGGAGGACUUCAACCGCCAUCUCCAAGACGUCGACCGCGCGAGGGCCGCGUGUCUGGCGGCCAUCGAGGAUCUACUUCGUGUACACCGGAAAUCGCCGGGCGACUACGGUCUGCCCCUCGCUGACCCCCGUCUACUGGAACCGCUGCAGGACGACGCGCUGUUCCGGGCAAUAGACGCGGCGGCACGGUGGGCCCCACAAGUAGACGCCUUGAACGCCGAACAGCGAACGGUGUACGACCGCGUGAUGGCGGCCGUCGACGAACAACGCGAGGUGGCGAAAACUUUCUUCGUCGACGGACCCGGGGGUACCGGAAAAACAACGCUGUACGGAUGCCUGAUAUGGGCGCUUCGGCACCGACCUCCGCAGCGGGAGGUGUUGUGCGUGGCGUUCACCGGUAUCGCCGCGUCGCUCAUGGACGGCGGCAUGACCGUACACUCGACGUUCGGACUGCCUUUCGGCACGCUGACCGAAGACUCGACGUCCAGCGUCACCAUGCAGUCCGAGCGAGCGCAGAAGAUACGCAACGCGGCGCUCAUCGUCUGGGACGAAGCCCCAAUGUCGCCGGGACUGCAACUGACGGUGGUGGACCGCCUGCUCAGGGACGUCAUGGCAUCGGAAUUACCGUUCGGCGGUAAAACCAUGCUGUUCGCCGGCGACUUCAGGCAGAUAUUUCCCGUGGUCCGGAGAGGGACGAGAGCCGAGAUCGUCAUGUCGUCGAUCAAGGAAAACGGUCUUUGGCGCGUCAUGGAGCGCUUCAAUCUGGUCCAGAACAUGCGCGCGGACCACGACGUGGACUUUGCGACUUGGUUGCUUGAGCUCGGCAACGGCUGA